GAAGUUGGAGCUCCACGCAGGAAGCUCCUCGCAGCAGCAGCAGCAGCAGCGCCUCACACCGACACUCGGGGAGGGAAGAUGGCGGCGGUGGAGCGUCCGCCAGCGAAGGAGGCGGUGCGGAUCGCGCUGCUGUGUACCUGCUGGUAUGCGGUCAGCUCAGGCGGCAACGUCAUCAAUAAAAUCAUCCUGAACGGAUUCCCGUAUCCGGUCACCGUCUCGCUUUUCCACAUCUUUUCCAUCGUGCUCUUUCUGCCGCCGUUGCUGCGCGCUUGGGGCGUCCCGAAAUCUGAAGUGCCGGCCCCAUACUACCGCUGGUACAUUCUUCCGCUGGCGUUUGGUAAAUAUUUCGCCUCGGUGUCGGCUCACUUCAGUAUAUGGAAGGUGCCCGUGUCUUACGCUCACACCGUAAAAGCCACCAUGCCAAUAUGGGUCGUGUUGUUAUCACGGAUAAUUAUGAAGGAGAAACAAACCACAAAGGUCUAUGUCUCACUCAUACCCAUCAUAGGUGGUGUUCUGUUGGCUACAGUGACCGAGCUUUCAUUUGACCUGUCAGGAUUAGUCAGUGCUCUGGCAGCGACACUUUGCUUCUCUUUGCAAAACAUAUUCUCCAAAAAGGUUUUGCGUGACACAAGGAUACACCACCUCUAUCUGCUCAACACUCUCGGCUUCAAUGCAGUUUUGUUCAUGCUGCCCACGUGGGUUUUAGUUGACCUGCCUGCAUUUCUGGUGGAUGGAGACUUUUCCGAGAUCUCCAACUGGAGUGGAACGUUUGUGCUGCUCAUCCUGAGUGGGGUCUGCAACUUUGCACAGAACAUGAUUGCCUUUAGCGUGUUGAACCUAGUCAGUCCUCUCAGCUAUGCGGUUGCUAAUGCUACGAAGAGGAUCAUGGUGAUCAGUAUAUCACUACUGAUGCUGAGGAACCCUGUCAGCUUGUCCAACAUCUUGGGGAUGAUGACUGCCAUCCUUGGUGUCUUUCUAUACAACAAGGCGAAAUAUGACACCAACCAGGAAGCAAAGAAGAAAUUGCUGCCGGUUUCAUCGCAGGACAUGGUUUCAUUCGACAAGCCCCAGUCUAAUGGCUCAGUGUCCUCGAAACAAGGCUCGGAAUUUCAGUAUGGCCGGACCAACAUGCUCAGCGACCACUUUCAGUACAGCAGGCAGGCCUACACAAUGAACUACGCCUCUAACCAAUACGUCGUCUGAGUGGAGAAACUGAUGAAUGAACCCGUUUAACUGUAAAAGGACACUGUAUUUAGUGUGGAACUUGCUUUUUCUGUGCCAGAUCCUCCUAUUUAUUUCACUCUUUUUUUUUUUUUUCACGGUAGUUUACAAAAAAUUCUCACUAAUCGAGGGUGCAAAUCAGUCUUUUUUUGGUGGAAUACAUUUGUGGGCUAAACAUAACGAUGUUCGCGAUCAUAAUGCUGUGUAUGAAUCGAAGGCGAUGCGGUGUUGCUCUCGGAAACGGAGAACACAUCGGAACUGGUACACACUGGGACAACAUACAUUAUCAUUGUCCGUAGAAGACAAUUUCAUGUAUUCAGAUAAAUUGGAAUAGUGCUUCUAUUUGUAAAUAUUUUCAUGUAUUUAUUUUUGUAGAAGUUCUGGGUGAGGUUUAUCAUGAAGCCUUUGAAUGUGUAAUGCCUGUUAAAGGCAUGCUCACGCAGUGGUCGAUAAUUUGUUUUUGUUUUUUUUUUUGGUCAUCAGUGUUUGCGAGCCAGUUCAAAUCAUGGACCCACGGACCCAUAGGAAUUAGGUUUAUUUGUGUUGUUUGUUUAAGCCUUUUUGGACGAGGGUUUCAUUUUAUUUAUUUUUUAAUGGGUGAAAUUAAGUUCAAUAGGCGCACGUCUUCGGCAGAAAGCCGCAGUGCAAUUUUUACAGUCUUCACUACUGAUUGAUAUCAGUCAGAAUUCAGUAUGUUUUGGAUGGCCAGGUAAUUCCUCAGUGGGUGUGAUACACAAGUAUUCUUAUACAUUCAUUCUCAUCAUCCAGUUUCUUUUUACUUAUCUUUCUUUUUUUUUUGGUUCAAAACAUGAUAAGGAAUCUUUUCAGCACAUUCAGUUUUGUUUUUUGGAAACCUUUCAUGAUCAUCAGAAGCCAUUCUUAAGAUAUGUGUUCUUUGCAAAAUAUAAUGUGUAGCUGAAUGUUUAGGCUCUGAGGGACUGCCUCAAGAGAUGAUGCAUAAGUGAAAUGAUUUACAUUUUAAGUGGAUUAAGUUUAAAUCCAUUUUAAGUAGCAUAGAGUACACAUAUUGGGUAGUAGGAUCAUGUAUAUUGUAAUUGUUUUCUUUAGGAAAAAAAAAAGAUCUACUGUUUUGUCAAUCGUUUGCCUCAGUAUGCCUCAUUGGCCUUGUAAUGAAAGGUGCGAUGCAUAAAUUAGUCUAUUAGCUUAAGUAUUUUGUUUUUUUGCCAGAAUAUUUAAUUUACAGCUUGUUGAUUUUAUUUUUGCACAAGUAUUCAGUGUCGGUUUGUGUUGUCUCUUCUCCAUAAAGCUUUCUGAAUUCAUCUGA